CGGUGUAGCUUUUCUUGUGCAUACACAGAUAUGUCAUGGCCAUUAGACAGCAUUGAACCUCUCACAGACCAGUUCUUCUCUCAUUGUUGGAAUAUGUAAAUGUUGGUGUCACGUUUGUCAUUCUCGAUGAUUUACGUCUGUCAACUUCUGUUCACACCACAGUCUCCAGUGAUGUCUCUAGUCUCUGUUACUCCGCCUCAAUUUUUAAGGAUCGUUUUCUAACCGCAAGGACAGCAAGUUGUAUGACUGCAUCACAUGAGCAGUAAUGUACUGAGCCCAACAGCAGUCACCAAGUAACACGCCACAUGCAGAUGCCACUUAGUGACAUUAUUCUUCUUUAUUCCUCUCUGCUAUUGGGAUGCUCUUUUUGGAGCGUGAGCCUUGCUGCACAGGUGCACAUGCUGAGGUAAGACCCCUGGGAUUCAGGAAUAUGGUGCUCGGGGAUUUACAUUCUUCCAGUCCAAUAUCUGCUGCCACUGAAGGCAGCCAGACUACGUCGCUUUGAUGCCUGUUGGAACUGAAGGUGUUAUUAUUACUCUUAGGAAAUAGCUGUUCUCCAUCCACUGUGCCUUGUGCGCCUGAUUGGUUUUGGAUUGCCAACCGCAAUAUAAAAACAAUGUACAUACAAUAAGUGAAACAGGAAAGGCUGCAUUAUUUCAAGCUGAGUAUAAUUACAAUAAAAGUGCAGGAUCUUUUCUCAGUACGCAACUAGCAUUGGUCUAGCGGUCUGCCUUAUUCUCUCAUCUGGGAGCAUACCAUCGCAUUGCCAACACACAAAGUACACAGCCAUCAUUUUGUACUUUUAAGUUGAAAUCAAGGAGGAAGAAUCGGACACUGUGGAUAUUUGAUUUCCGUCACUGUGCGCUCGAUACUACAUUUUCUACUCUGUACCUGAAUACACCCAUCGCAGUCAUGUCUGCGAAGCUCCUAGUGCUUUUCUUCUUAUUGUCAGUUUUCCAAGCCUGCUCCAGGAAAAUUGAGGAUGAUGAAUAUGAAGAUUUAACAAUUAACCAAAAAUGGGUGCUGGCUCCCAAAACACAAGACACAGAUGCAACACUGAUACUCAACAAAUUGCUGAAAGAAUAUGACAAGAAACUGAGACCUGAUAUUGGAAUUAAGCCCACCAUUAUCGAUGUGGACAUUUACGUUAACAGCAUUGGACCAGUCUCUUCAAUAAAUAUGGAAUACCAAAUAGACAUAUUUUUUGCUCAAACAUGGACUGACAAUCGUCUCAGGUUUAAUAGUACUAUGAAGAUUCUUACCCUCAAUAGCAAUAUGGUUGGCUUAAUCUGGAUUCCAGAUACUAUAUUCCGGAACUCUAAAACAGCAGAAGCCCAUUGGAUUACAACUCCAAAUCAACUUCUUCGAAUUUGGAAUGAUGGGAAAAUUUUGUAUACGUUAAGGCUCACCAUUAAUGCUGAAUGUCAACUACAGCUACACAACUUCCCUAUGGAUGAACACUCCUGCCCACUCAUAUUCUCAAGCUAUGGCUACCCGAAAGAAGAAAUGAUCUACAGAUGGAGGAAAAAUUCAGUAGAAGCAUCAAAUCAGAAGUCAUGGAGACUUUAUCAGUUUGACUUUAUGGGCCUUAGAAACACAACUGGGAUUGUGCAAACAUCAGCAGGUGAUUAUAUUGUCAUGACUGUGUAUUUUGAUUUAAGCAGAAGAAUGGGAUACUUCACUAUUCAAACAUACAUCCCUUGCAUAUUAACAGUUGUAUUAUCUUGGGUAUCGUUUUGGAUAAAAAAAGAUGCCACACCAGCAAGAACAGCAUUAGGCAUCACCACAGUAUUAACAAUGACAACACUGAGCACCAUAGCAAGAAAAUCCUUACCACGAGUUUCGUAUGUCACUGCCAUGGAUCUAUUUGUGACUGUCUGUUUCUUAUUUGUAUUUGCGGCAUUGAUGGAGUAUGCAGCACUAAAUUACUAUUCAAGUUGCAAAAAGCCUAGAUGUAAAAAGAAGAAAAAAUCGAAUUAUUCUGUUCUGGAUAUGAGACCUCCUUCGACAGUCAUCACUUUGAACAAUGCCAUGUACUGGCAAGAAUUUGAAGAGACAUGUGUCUAUGAAUGUUUGGAUGGUAAAGACUGCCAGAGCUUCUUUUGUUGCUAUGAUGAAUGUAAAUCUGGCUCAUGGAGGAGAGGUCGGAUACAUAUAGACCUUUUAGAAUUGGACUCAUACUCCAGAGUCUUUUUUCCAACAUCGUUCUUGCUGUUUAACCUUGUAUACUGGGUUGGAUAUCUCUACCUAUAAAGACUCACAUUGUGAAGACUGCUUUUAUUUAAAAUUAGUCCAACAAAAAAACAAUAUCCAGAGGAUAUAAAAGACUUUUCGUCCUCACACUCACCAGGAAAUUCUUUGGUAUGUGUUUAUUGGGGACUGAAUAAGAAACAAGGACUCUAUUUAAAGAGUUUAAGUGUGAAAUGCCUAAUUACUUUUUACCACAAUGCUUAUAAAUUCUUAUAUACUAAAAUCUAUAUUUGGCAUAGAAAAUUAUACUGGAAAGAUAUCAGCAAAUUAUAUUGUAUGAUAAAAAAAGUAAUGAAAAAUAUCAUUGCAUCAUUUAAUUUCUAUAUAAAAGUCAACAUUUUUUAUUAGCACAGAAAAAGAAAACUUGAGUUUAUCUAAAAAAAAUCUUAAUAAAAGCCAUGUUUAUUUUGUAAAUUGAUAAUACCUUGCAGCAUUUUAGAAAAGAAAAUGUGAGCUUAGCCUGGCUAAGCCUAAAAUCUACUGGAAUGUAGCAAGUUUGGGCAAAAUGUACUUAAGAAUUAUCUAAUCAUAAAGUUAGUAGAUACAGGUGACAAAGCUUUUACAAUAGUAGGUGAUUUUAAAUUGUCUUGGAAAAGGUCUGAAAAUACCUGAUUGUGAUAUUGUUUUUAGGAAGAGACAGGCAGAGUAGAUGGGCUGUGUGGUUCUUAUCUGCCUUAAAAUUAUGUUUCUGAAUAAGAAACUUGAACACAAACUUUAUAUAAAAUUAGAACUAGAACAAAUCCCAUUUUUUUACUGCUAUUUAUAGAUUAAGUGUCCCUUAUAAUUCACCUAUAUUUAAUAAGAAUGGAAAGGUUUCUCUAGGACUCCUGCACUAGGCUAGAAUUUCCCCAUAAUUAUCAAUGUCAUAUGUCCUAUGUCACAUUGGCAUCUUUAAUCUGACUUAACAGAUAUAUGAAAAGACAAAACAAAAUAAACACUUUUUUAUAUUUA